CUGCCAAGUCGUGUCGACGGUCAACGUGCAGUAGCUUGCGGCGGUACGCGUGCAAGACACGGUGCUGUUUUUGGGGUUCAACAGUCAGUCACACGGGUACUGGCCGCUGUACUUUGUCAUUUUAAUCGGCGCAUCGUGCAUCUGCCCGGUUGCCAAGGGUGUACACGGAUCGAUCAAUACAGGUGUUGAACGGUAUACUGCACUUGUGCAAAUGCAUUCUAGGCUCUAAUUCCACAACCUACCACCGUCCCGAAGGCGUCACGUUGGUACGAAACACAAAAUCUUUGGCAUCAGCACACAAUUAACGUUACGCUUUGGCCUUAGCGACAACGACCGCCACCACACACCGAGAACACAAUAACGUCCAACUGGUCCAACAUGUUAUCCGUCCGCGGAUUGGACCUGGUCAUCACGGCCACGGUGGUUCUUAUCUUGGCGUCAUAUUUUUCAUCGUCCAUAUCCGUCCAUGCAAAGUGCACCAAUUAUGAUACAGCGGAUCAUAACAGUCUGAUAAAAAGGCUAAUGUGGCAAACGGAACCUUGUCGAUAUAAUAGUUUGACAAGGCCAAUACCGGAAAGCGGACCGACGAGGGUCUGGGCCAGAGUGGACAAGUAUAUUAUCCGAAAAUCUUCUACUGCUCGACAGUUGAAUUUAACUCCAGACGUGCUGAUAAAAUUUCGGUGGCGCGACAGCCGUCUGGCGCAUUCUUUAUCCAAUUUGAACGUACGAGGAAAGGACAAACUUAAGCAGCGAAUUUGGACUCCACUCGUUGACAUAGUCAACUACGACACGGACUCAGAUCCCCAAGACAUCCUGGAGACGGUGCAACCGGACGGCACGGUUGUCUAUUCGGCCAGGUUGGAAGUGCCGUCUGAGCUGUGCACGAUGAACUUGGAAAAGUUCCCGUUCGACAAGCAGAAAUGUUCCCUGUUACUGCAGAGUCUGUUGUACAACAAUACUGAUUUGGAACUGUUGUGGGAACACGUUUCGCCGGAGGAGCUCAGGAGCAGCUUAGAAUUUACCCAAUACAGCUUGGCGUCGAUUCGGACGACCGUGACGGUCAGCGACCACUACGAAGAAUUGGCUGACAACUACAGCCAGUUGAAAUUAUACUAUGAGCUGGGUCGCAAACUCGGCGUUCACACCGUGGCCUACUACUUCCUGGGUUUUUUUAUGGUAGUCAUGUCUUGGGGGUCGUUUUGGUUGGAGCCGAAUGAAGCCUCCGGCCGCGUUAAUAUAGGAAUCUAUCCGAUGAUGGCGUUAAUCGUUCAGUACUUGUAUUCGGAAAGACUGCAGCCAAUAUUGUUGAACAUCAAAGAAAUAUGGCUCCUCGUAUGCAUUUCAUUUAUAGUCAGCUCUUUAAUGGUGUCUGCGGUUGCGCACUUCAUAUCGCGGCAAAACAAACAAUUCAAACUGACUUUAAUUCCUCAAGUUCUACGAAAGUUGUUAUCCAUCGUUGGUAGCAAAUUGGACAAAUUCGAAUGGAACAGGGGUGUGGACGAAAACGAAAGAAGUACUAUUGGAACAGCAAACACUGUGGAGCACGUGAUGACCUCACAAGAAUUUGCAUUAUGGAUGGAUCGACUAAGUCGCGUCCUUUUCCCGGUGGCCUUUCUUCUAUUUAAUUGUAUCUAUUGGUUUUACGUUUAUGUGUAAAUCCACCUAAAAAAUUGGGAUUUUAACGACAAAAAGAUAAACAGCCAUGUUCAUAUUUCUUAAAAUCGUAUAAAAGGUAGAAAAACAAUUACACAUAAAGAACAACAGUAUGUUUUUAACGAAAAUUAGAAAAUUAGUAAUACAACUUUUAUAACAAUAUAUCUAUCGUC